GCUGAUAGUAUGCAAGCACCAUUACGUGGUAAUACAAUGACAAGUAAAAUAAUGAACUAUUGUUUUAAACAAUUUGGACGCGAUUAUUUACAAUCAGUAUUAGGUCCAGUACUUAUGGAGCUAGUUAGACGAGAUGCCGGAAACUCAGCUGCUUAUGUAACUUUGGCACCACCGCCACCACCACCAGUGAUGGCUACAACAGCAGGGAAAAAUGAUGUCAAUAACAAAUCAGUCAACACUAUCAAGAGUGACAAUAUUUCUAACUACAACUACAUGCAACAAUUAAGUGAAAUGUCAUCAAUUAGUACGAAUGAAUUGUUGGAAGAUAUAACAAAAUUCAAUCAAAACAAAUCAAACUUAUCUUAUGAAGUUGAUCCAAGACUUUUGCAAUCAAACGAAAAUCUGGAAGAUAAUCAAAACAACUUGAUUUUCGCAACUGAAUUAUUAUAUAAUAAAUUAAUUAAAUCUGUAGAUAGUUUCCCAUCUAGAUUACGAUGUAUGUGCAGAUGUUUAUACAAACUAAUUGGUCAUUUAGGCUAUGGAAAUCAAUCUACUGAUCAAGCAUUAAAUGUUUUGUCAACAGUUGUAUUUUUACGAUUUAUUAAUCCAGCUGUUGUAUCUCCGUAUGAAAGUGGAAUAUUGGAUUUUGAACCACCAAGUCGUGUUAAACGUGGUCUUAUUCUGAUUGGGAAAAUGAUGCAAAAUAUUGCAAAUCAAUUACUAUUUACCAAAGAGCCGCAUAUGCGUAUAUUUGAUCCAGUUUUACAGAAACACUUUGAAUCAUGUCGACAGUUCUUUAAAG